AUGGCGGCGGAUGGUGAUUGUAAUAAGAGUAAUACAGUCAAGUGUAUUUGCAGUGAUAAGAAGGUUGUAGAAGUUGAUCGCAAGACAUGGGAGUUGUUCAAUAAGAUGGUUCCAGAGGAAGGGUUCCAUAGGCUACGUGAGCCGGUGGAGAUGUACUUCGUGAGAAGCACAGCCUUCAAGAAGAUUUUAACAUACUGCGUGAGGAUCAGUGAUGGCUCUUGCUCGGAGAGGUGGAUGUCUGACGAGCUCCUACACAGCGAAAGCCUGAUCGGUCUCUUCCACCUUGUCGAGACGGCUGAGUUUCUGAAUUUUGAGUCACUGGACGCUUUUAUCCUCAAGUAUGUGGAAGACAAAUCAGAAGCAGAGAUAUCUUAUAUGGUUCGCAAUGAAGAACUCCAGUCUCUACUCAAAAUUGUCAAGUCUGCUCGUUUUUACCUGAAAAAUGCCGAGAAGCUCUUCUCUGCGGUGCUCCCCCUUAUGGCUAAGUACGUUGGUUAUGAGAAUGUGCGCAAAGCUGCACGCGACCAUAUCCUCUCUAAGUCAAGUAACCAACUUUCCCAUGAAAUCCAUAGCCAAAACCUCAAAUCUCUCAUCAAAAUUUUCAAGGUGGCCAAAGCUGAGAAACUUCAGCCACUCGAAGACAUGGUGGUCCAAUAUGUCGACUCGAAAUCAAAAAAGGAGCUGGUCCAGAUGGUUAGCACUGAGUUAUGUUGA